AUGUCCAUUCCAAAGACACAUUGGGUGACAAUUGUCGACCAAGUGUCUGAAUCCCCAGACAGUAUCCAGUACAGAGAAGUGGAGGCUCCACAGAUCAGUGGGCCCAACGAUAUCAUCAUCAAGAACAAGUACGCUGGGGUGAAUUUCAUCGAGACGUACUUUAGAAAAGGCCAGUAUGACGCUCAAUUUCCGUUUAUUUUCGGUCGGGAGGCCCUGGGCGUGGUAGCAGCGGUGGGUGCAAAUGUCAAGGACUUUAGGGUAGGAGAUAAGGUGUUCUACUUGUCGCCUCGGACACAGGCUCAGUAUACGAAAAUUGUUUAUGAUGGACAGUAUCACGCCAUUUACAAGUUACCUGAAGACGCCACAGAGGACGAGCUCAAGUUGUAUGGUGCAAUUCUCGUCCAAGGGUUGACAGCUAUAACGUUUGCUCACGAAGCGCACAAAGUUGAGAAGGGACAGUUUGUAGUUGUUUGGGCAGCGGCUGGUGGAACUGGGCAGGCGUUUACUCAGUAUGUGUCGUCGCUUGGCGGGCGUGUUAUUGCCAUAGCUUCAUCAGAAGAGAAAUUGGAGAUUGCAAAGCUGUUGGGCGCCGAAUUUUUGAUCAACUCGCUGAAGGACGACGUCGAGAAGAAGGUGCAUACCUUCACAGAUGGCCACGGUGCAGAUGCAGUGUUUGACGGGGUCGGCGCCGACGCCUUUGACGCCAGUCUCAACUCCCUUGCUCGUAAGGGCAGUUUGGUGAGCUUUGGCAAGUCGUCUGGGUUUCUGAAACCGUUCAGCAUCAGAAGGUUACAGCCCAAGAACCUCAAGGUGUUGUCACCAACACUCUUUGGGUACAUUGCCACCAAGGAGGAAUGGGACCGCUACAUCAAGAUCUUGCUCGAGGAGGUCAAGUCCAAUAGGCUCAAAUUCGCUCUUCACACGUACCAGUUGAAGAAUUACGCUCAGGCUGCAAGUGAUUUGGAGAACAGGAAGACCACAGGCAAGUUGGUGUUAGAGAUUCCACAGUGA